AUGAAAACUGAAUUGGAGGCUUUAAACCUGAAUCACACUUGGACCCUCACAUCUCUGCCACCAAAUAAACAUGUCAUAGGUUGCCGUUGGGUCUAUAAAAUCAAGUAUCAUGCCGAUGGAAGUCUUGAUCGCUACAAAGCUCGCCUUGUAGCUAAGGGCUACACCCAAAUGGAAGGAUUAGAUUAUAUUGCAACUUUCUCUCCAGUUGCAAAACUCACCACCGUUCGUUUACUCUUGGCUUUAGCUGCAAUUUUUAAUUGGCACCUCAAACAGCUUGAUGUGAAUAACGCCUUUCUUCAUGGUGAAUUAGAUGAAGAAGUUUACAUGACUCUACCUCCAGGCAUUUCUCCUGCUUUUCCCAAUCAAGUAUGCAAACUUCAAAAGUCUCUUUAUGGCUUAAAACAAGCCAACCGACAGUGGUUCGCUAAGCUUUCUUCCUUUCUCCUUCACCAUGGCUAUCAACAAUCUGAAUCAGAUCAUUCUUUGUUUUUGAAGAUCUCUGAGUUCUCUACUACAGCCCUCCUUGUAUACGUCGAUGAUAUUGUCCUUGCCGGCAAUAAUCUUGAAGAAAUUGAAACUAUUACAUGCCUCCUUGAUCAUGCCUUCAAAAUAAAGAAUCUUGGGAAUCUCAGAUAUUUUUUGGGUCUGGAAGUUGCCCGCAAUAAUACUGGCAUCCAUCUUUCUCAACGCAAGUACACAUUGGACAUUUUAACAGAUUGUAGUAUGUUGGCCUCCCGUCCUGUUGCCACGCCCAUGGAUUAUACUGCUCGACUUUCCACCUUCUCUGGCACACUACUUCCUGAUCCUUCCUCCUAUCGUCGACUUCUUGGCCGAUUAAUAUAUCUCACUACCACUCGCCCAGACAUCUCCUAUGUUGUGCAUCAUCUGAGUCAAUUCAUGUCCGCUCCUACAUCUGCACAUUCUCAGGCCACCUUUCGCAUUUUACGAUACUUGAAACAAGCUCCAGGUUUCGGCUUAUUUUUCUCUGCUCAAAGUUCUCUUCAGUUGAAGGCAUUUAGCGACUCUGACUGGGCGGGAUGUCUUGACACUCGCCGAUCCAUUACAGGGUUUUCUGUUUACAUUGGAGAUUCACUCAUUUCAUGGCGUUCUAAGAAACAACCUACAGUGUCUCGCAGUUCCUCAGAGGCUGAAUAUCGUGCUCUUGCAUCAACAACCUGUGAGCUUCAAUGGUUAACCUAUAUGAUGAAUGAUUGUUAA